AAUAUUUUACCUGUUUAGUGCUUCUUGUUGUGUUCUUGCUUGUCCUCUCUCUCUCGGAAAAUCUUUAAUUUACUUUUUCAGUAUUUUCCUCUUCUCUCUCUCUCUCUAUCUGUCUCACAAAGAAUCUCGAGAUUGAUGUCUGAGAGAAAGACCCCUCUCUCUACUUAGCUCUCUUGCUUUGCUCUUUUUCUUCACUUUCUUCCAUCUUCUCCUCUUCGAAGAGCAAAUGAAAACCAAAACUCUUUUCCCCAAACACUCUCUCCUCAUGAACUUCGCAGGAGGCUCUCUCCACUCAGAGGCCUUACCCGUCUAAAUCAAUCCCUAACAUUUCUCCUCCAUCUGGGUCUCGAUUAUUUCACUUAAAGUAUCGAUUUUUAUUCUCUCUUUUGAUUUCCCGACUUGGAAUUAUGAUGGCUCACUCCAUGGACGACAGAGACUCCCCGGAUAAGGGAUUCGAUUCCGGCAAGUACGUUAGGUACACACCGGAGCAAGUCGAAGCUCUCGAGAGAGUUUACGCCGAGUGUCCUAAACCUAGCUCUCUCCGAAGACAACAGCUCAUUCGAGAAUGCCCGAUUCUCUGCAACAUCGAGCCUCGACAGAUCAAAGUUUGGUUCCAAAACCGCAGGUGUCGAGAGAAGCAGAGGAAAGAAUCUGCUCGUCUCCAGACAGUGAACAGAAAGCUGAGUGCCAUGAACAAGCUUUUGAUGGAAGAGAACGACCGUUUGCAGAAGCAAGUCUCCCACUUGGUUUACGAGAAUGGAUUCAUGAAACAUCGAAUCCACACUGCAUCUGGGACGACCACAGACAACAGCUGCGAGUCUGUGGUCGUGAGUGGUCAGCAACGUCAGCAGCAAAACCCAACACAUCAGCAUCCUCAACGUGAUGCUAACAACCCAGCUGGUCUUCUCUCGAUUGCGGAGGAGACCUUGGCGGAGUUCCUUUGCAAGGCUACAGGAACUGCUGUCGACUGGGUUCAGAUGAUUGGGAUGAAGCCUGGUCCGGAUUCUAUUGGCAUCGUAGCUGUUUCACGCAACUGCAGUGGAAUAGCAGCACGUGCCUGUGGCCUCGUGAGUUUAGAACCCAUGAAGGUUGCUGAAAUCCUCAAAGAUCGUCCAUCUUGGUUCCGUGACUGUCGAUGUGUCGAGACUCUGAGUGUAAUACCCACUGGAACUGGUGGUACUAUCGAGCUUGUGAACACUCAGAUUUAUGCUCCGACAACUUUAGCAGCAGCUCGUGACUUUUGGACGCUGAGAUAUAGUACAAGUCUAGAAGAUGGAAGCUAUGUGGUUUGUGAGAAGUCACUUACUUCUGCAACUGGUGGCCCCAAUGGUCCACUCUCUUCAAGCUUCGUGAGAGCCAAAAUGCUGUCAAGCGGGUUUCUUAUUCGUCCUUGUGAUGGUGGUGGUUCCAUUAUUCACAUUGUUGAUCAUGUUGAUUUGGAUGUUUCAAGUGUUCCUGAAGUCCUGAGACCUCUCUAUGAGUCUUCCAAAAUUCUUGCUCAGAAAAUGACCGUCGCUGCUCUGAGGCAUGUGAGGCAGAUUGCUCAAGAGAGUAGUGGAGAAGUUCAGUAUAGUGGUGGACGCCAGCCUGCAGUUUUAAGAACUUUUAGCCAAAGACUCUGCCGAGGCUUCAAUGAUGCUGUUAAUGGUUUUGCGGAUGAUGGAUGGUCUCCAAUGAGUAGUGAUGGAGCAGAGGACAUUACUAUCAUGAUCAACUCUUCCUCUGCUAAAUUUGCUGGCUCUCAAUACGGCAACUCGUUUCUCCCCAGCUUUGGAAGCGGUGUUCUCUGUGCCAAAGCUUCUAUGCUGUUGCAGAAUGUUCCACCCCUUGUACUGAUUCGGUUCCUGAGAGAGCACCGAGCUGAAUGGGCAGACUAUGGCGUUGAUGCCUACUCUGCCGCAUCUCUCAGAGCAACUCCAUUCGCAGUUCCUUGCGUUAGAACCGGUGGGUUCCCGAGUAACCAAGUCAUUCUUCCUCUCGCACAGACGCUCGAACAUGAAGAGUUUCUCGAAGUGGUUAGACUCGGAGGUCAUGCAUACUCACCGGAAGACAUGGGCUUAUCCAGGGAUAUGUAUUUACUGCAGCUUUGCAGCGGCGUUGAUGAAAAUGUGGUUGGAGGCUGUGCUCAGCUUGUCUUUGCCCCUAUCGAUGAAUCUUUUGCUGAUGAUGCACCUUUGCUUCCUUCUGGUUUCCGUGUCAUACCGCUCGAUCAGAAAACAACUCCGAGUGAUCAUCUAUCUGCGAAUCGAACAAGGGAUCUAGCAUCAUCUCUAGAUGGUUCAACCAAAACCGAAUCAGAAACAAACUCAAGAUUGGUCUUAACCAUAGCCUUCCAGUUCACGUUUGAUAACCAUUCAAGAGACAACGUUGCCACAAUGGCGAGACAGUACGUGAGGAAUGUUGUUGGUUCGAUUCAGAGAGUGGCUUUAGCCAUUACCCCUCGUCCUGGCUCAAUGCAACUUCCCACUUCCCCUGAGGCCCUCACUCUCGCAUCGCCGGUAUUCACAUUUGCAAACCAAGCCGGUUUAGACAUGCUUGAAACAACGCUCGUGGCACUUCAAGAUAUAAUGCUCGACAAGACUCUCGAUGACUCUGGUCGUAAAGCUCUUUGCUCCGAAUUUGCUAAGAUCAUGCAGCAGGGAUAUGCGAAUCUUCCGGCGGGAAUUUGUGUGUCGAGCAUGGGGAGACCAGUUUCGUAUGAGCAAGCGACGGUGUGGAAAGUUCUUGAUGACAACGAAUCGAAUCACUGCUUGGCUUUUAUUCUCGUGAACUGGUCCUUCGUUUGAAGAAGAAGAAGAAGAAGAGGGGUCUAAUUAUGUUAGAUAUUAAAGUUAGAAUGCUGUUUUGGCUAAGCUUUGUGAAAUUAGAGGGCCAAUAUGUAAUGUGUAAUAUGGACAAAUGUGAUGUGAUGAUGUCUCUUAAUCAAUUAUGACACUAUGUAUGGCAUGAUUUUUCUAUGAGAUUGUGCUUUUAUGUUAUUUUUGUUGAUGUUCUACU